GAGUGCACGAGUCUCAACACGAGAAGGUCCUCAGUGUCACUGGGGAUGGAAUUAUUCAAAGUCCUAACUUUCCCAACAAAUAUCCCCGAAAUACUGUUAUAGUGUGGCAACUGGUGGCAGUCAUGGAAAGUUCCAGGAUCCAGCUGACCUUUGACCCACGCUUUGGCCUGGAGGACGCGGAGGAAGGCACUUGCAAGUAUGAUUAUGUGGAGGUGGAGGAGCCUGUUGGAGGGAUGGUGUUAGGUCGUUGGUGUGGAUCAGAGAUGGUUCCGGGGCCCCAGUUGUCCAAGGGGAACCAAAUCCUGGUUCGCUUUGUCUCUGACGAAUACUUUCCCUCAGACCCAGGAUUCAGCAUCCGCUAUUCUUUGCUUCAACAGAGGCAGUCGGAGCCCGAGGCCCCAGCGGUGAUGCCUGUGUGGAUGCAGCCUGUGGAGGAUCUGACUGAAGCCGUGUCCGCGUUCAACACCAUGGAGGAGGUGAUGAAGUACCUGGAGCCCGAGCGCUGGCAGCUGGACAUGGAUGACCUCUACAAACCCACCUGGCAGGUGCUGGGCAAAUCCUUCUUCCACCAGAAGAAAUCCAGAGGAGCGGUGGAUCUGAAUCUACUUCGUGAGGACGUGCGGCUCUAUAGUUGCACUCCUCGUAAUUUCUCAGUGUCUUUGCGCGAGGAGCUGAAAAGGACAGAUGCUAUCUUCUGGCCCAGCUGCCUGCUGGUGAAGCGCUGUGGUGGAAACUGCGCCUGCUGUUCUUACAACUGCUACGACUGCCAGUGCUCACCCACCAAAGUGGCCAAAAAAUAUCACGAGGUUCUGAUGCUGAAGCACAGGACAGGGGGUCGGGGACUGCAGAAAACCCUAGCAGACGUCCCUCUGGAGCACCACGAGGAGUGUAACUGUGUGUGUAAAAAUGACUCUGACUAAAUCAGUCCCAGAGAGAAGACGCACACCGGCCCCCCGCAGACUCACCCAGGGAAAUACCCCUGCUUUGUGCAUAAAUGAGCGAAAGAUGCUGCAAACUAAUGAAACCCAGCACUGGAUGCCUUCUUUUUUUCAUCUUGACUCAUCUAAGCCUGCGGUUCCAUUCCUUUUGGCCUCGCAAAUCCAUAAAGGAUUGACCCAUAAAGAAGUUUCCAUUGGCCUUAUGAUAGCAUGGAAUAUUUGGAGGGAAAUUGGACACGCUCUUGCAUUCUCUGUGUGUGUGGAGGUUUGUGAACAAUGUGUACAUUUGUGGGUCUUUUUUCAGUUCACGUAUAUAGAGCUGUUCAGGAAAUGAGGUAUUCCAGGAUAACUUGAGGUUGCUUUUACUUGGGGAACAAGUGUAUUUGGCGUGUUUUUUUAAUUAUUAUUUUUUUUACAACUUAAUAUAUUAAAGGACCUUGACUAUGUUUCUGCUUUCAGCAAUAAGUUUUGAGGUGGUGUGGACAAUAUCCUCAACGUCCCAAAGAAACAAAUAACACUGUGUUAUAAACCAGCACUCCGUCACCUACUCAUCAUGAAACUGAAAUGAUUAAUAGCUCAUAAAGACUAUGCCAAGAGCGAUGAACAUCAUGCCUGCAUCUUUUGCUCAUUCACUUUGAACUAUGAGAACACUAAAGCGAAUCUUUGUGUAAAUACAUUUAAUAUUGUGAUCUGUUGACUUAUCCUAUAUGUCGUUACAGUUUCUGGUACUAAAAGUUUGGGGUAUAUAAGAAUCACUUUUCCCUUUUUUUCAUAAUCGCUAGUAUUUUCAGUAUUAGUCACUCUUUUUGUAGAGACAUUUAUACAUUUCUUGUGUUUUUAUUUGCGUGUUGAGAUCGUCAUUCUGACUGGAGACAAAAUAUUCUGUUAGAUGUUCAUGUAAAUAGACUUUUUAGAAGUUAAAGGGACAUUGGAACAGCCAGUACCUUAUUCAUCUACCAUUAAACAGUUAACUAAAUUGUU